CAGUUGUUCGCCCUCCAAGUGAGACACCCAGAGGAAUCAGCGCAUGGCCGCAAUGUGAGGAAUUACUGAAUAAAAUAUUUGGAAGGGACGAAACCUGGAUAGUUACAUCUUGGAAAACAACAAUGACUCACUGUCAAAGUGAAAAUAAUCUUCAAUCCGACGGAUUUCCCUACUCAAAGGACCCUCUCAGCCAGAGAGAACCACACCAUACCUGAAGUUCAGCAGCAAUGCUGGCAAUGCAACGUUACAACUCCUCAGACAUUUUGGCCUUUUUGCCCCACUCUAACGACAGCGUAAUUGUCCAGAGGCCAGAAGUGGAACACGUAUUCUGCAAUGGCACCCGUCCAAAAACGAAUCCCACAUCUGCCGGCAUUACGAUGACUCUCGGGAUUCUGUUCAACGUAGUAGCGCUGAUCAUUCUCGCCAAAGCCUACAACCGUUUCCGCCGGAGGUCAAAGGCCACCUUUCUUCUCUUUGCCAGCUCUCUGGUGGCCACGGAUCUGGCUGGACAUGUCAUCAAUGGAGCCCUGGUGCUGAGAAGAUACUCGGCAGGUAUUGCAACCUUGGCUGAGCCACCCUGGAGAUUUCGAAGCAAUCUCAAAACUGAUGCAGAUGUCCCCUGUUUGUUUUUGGGGUGUUGCAUGGUCUUCUUCGGUUUGUGCCCCCUCUUCCUCGGCUGUGCAAUGGCUGCCGAGCGAUGCUUGGGUGUCUCCAGGCCUUUGCUGCACGCUCGUUUGGUCACCACAGCACGGACAAAGAUGGCAUUAGCACUCAUCUGGCUGUUGGCGCUAUGCGUCGCCCUGCUGCCAUUUUUCAGCUUGGGAGCCUACACAUCUCAGUACCCGGGCACGUGGUGCUUUAUCAGAGUGAUGGAGGGCACUCGUGCCACAGAUCUGGCCUUUGUAACUCUGUUCUCUGGACUGGCGCUGAGCUCACUGGCAGUGGCCUUUGUGUGUAACACCAUCAGUGGGAUCACUUUGGUGAGAGCAAGGCUGAAGAAGAAGUCCAGCUCGCACCGCAGCUCGGCCAGGUCCCACGACACCGAAAUGGUGGUCCAGCUGGUUGGCAUCAUGGUCGCCUCGUGCAUCUGCUGGAGCCCUCUGCUGGUCUUUGGACUGAUGUCAGCAAUCCGGUCCUACAACAACUCCCUGGGCCCUGACAGGGACACCUACAGGGCUUUAAUGGUAACUGGCGUCAGGAUGGCUACUUGUAACCAGAUCCUGGACCCGUGGGUCUACAUCUUGCUGCGCCGUGCCAUCCUCAAGAAGAUUUACAGUAUCACUAAAAGACAAGCCAGUUUGAAAGGAAGCAUGCUGCGAUCUUUCCACUGGGAUGUCAACUCCUUUCAGAACUCGGAGAAAAGCAAUGCUAAAAUUUAAGGGACCGUCAUCAUGGCAUCCGCCACUGAGCCUGAACCAGUUGAUCUUGGUGUGAACUUGCAACUCCGACCGGUUUAACAAAGAAGAAAAAAAAUAUCACUUCACUAAUGUUGCCCGCUUGGGUCGUUUGUUUUGGAGGGUAUUAAAGUGGGGAAGGGUCCCAAUCUCGAAUAAACUGCUCAGUUUUUCUUGCAAUGCAAAAUCUAUAUGUUUGCAUCGAAGCGUGUCCUCUAUGAGAACAAAACCUAAUUCAAGAUUAUUUGUUGAAGUAGACUUACGUGUCAAGUUUUGUCUAAAAGUGAAGACGUGUCCGCAGAGUCAGAAAGCGAAGAAAAAAUAAUGUGAAUUGCAAACCCCGAAAAAUAUUAAAUUAAAUGCUCAAUGAUGAACUCAAAGCACUUUGAUAUUACCUCAUUCUGAAGAUGUAACAGCGUGUGGAGAAAUGUUACAUUUUUUGUGUACUAGUUGCAUGAAUGUGAUUAUGCUUCUAUUGUGGAUAUCUGAA